AUGGCGUAUAUGCCGUAUAUGCCGUGUACGCCUUACACCAAAAGUCCUAGGCAACCUGCUAAGGAAGCCACAACCAAUAGAUUCACGAUAUUUUCCGCAGAGAUUUUGCUCAGAUGUCUUCUAGAAACCUUCGAAUUAUGGUCAGAGCUUUCGAAUUUUGAUGCCUAUCAGAAUUCUGUCUUGUUACCCCAAACCUCUACUGGGAAUGAAAUCCAUGAUACGGACUUGGGUACUUCGAAAGCACCUGACAAGUUACGAGCAAACUGGCAGUCAUACAAGGAAUCCUUCGCAAACCUCACCUUGAAACAUUAUGCAACCACUUCAAUGAUGCUUUCGCAUCGAUCUUUUGCCUAA